CACCGCGGCCUCCUUCGAAGACGCCCGCACGCGCGGUUUUUCCUAUCCGUCGAGAUAUCGCCGUGAUAUCUAGGUGAUAUCACGCGCCCCGAGAUCCCCUCGAAGUUCGCUUUGACCUCGCUCGACUCGAGAGUCCCUCGCGGGAAUCGAGACUGAAUAAUUUCGAUGCUCUCGUGGACUUGCAAACGUUUGCACGUUUUCGACUCGCGAAUCCAUCUCGCGUCUGACCUAUUAUUAAAAUCGGCGAUCUAAUUUGUUUCUUGGAUCGCGCAAAGAGCUUUUUUUUUUUUUCGAAAUCACUUCGACGAAUGUAAAACGCGCUGAUGUUACAACAUGUUUUGCGUGAGUCGAAAUUUCUUCGGUAAUUUGACGAUGUCACGAGUUAACACGGCGAGAAGAAGCUUAAUUCGCAUUAUUCGCACGAAAUUUUUAGUUGUUCCAAACUGCAAACGUCUGCAUCUCUAUGUAUGCUAUAACGCGAAUCAAUCCCGGACGGGUGUAUGCACAAUCGAUAUGUAUCGCUCUCUCGGCGGCCGGCGGUUUUGGAUUGCGAUCCGCAAUCCGACAAGAACGGCCGCGCUUGUCCGUCGAUGAACAACGUAAUCCCGGAAAUAACGUCUGCCAAAGUUUUCGACGAGAGGGGGAUAGAACGAUGUGUCGUUCGUCCGACAAAACUGCAAAUGUAUCGCUGCAAAUAUCGAUAGCGGCGCGAAAGAACGAAACGUAACGAAAGAACGUGCCCCGUGUCGAAAGUUUUACCGCCGACGAUCGAAACGCGUGUAAAAAUGUUGGUUCGUUUCAACGGCAGUUAAAAUUAUGAUUUAUGAUGUGUUCGAGGGAGUUACAUAAGUUACUUUGAAGAUAAUUUGAGAGCGCUUCGAGUGGAAUUUUAUGACACGGGACUUUCGAGCAAAACUUUUAUGGCACUUUGUAUGCGAACACUUUUCUCAUCGAAAUUACGCUUUUAUUGGGGGAUUAGAAACGGUUAUUUAAAUGGAUUAAAAAAAAAAAAAAAAAAAAUCCAUUAGAAUACUGGGGAUUUGAGUAAAUACCAGACUGGCAACAAUAGAUAAUGGCUCUUAAUGUUCUUUCCAAUUUUGCGCUAGCUCGAAAGAUACUCGGACGAUGGUUAAAAACUUUGUGUUGUCGGAGAAAGAACAAGAUGUUCAAUGUUGUCGAAACGUUACCCGACCUGCGCCCUUUCCGUCCCUUUGCUCCGUCUUUCCUAUAAAGAGAAAAUCGAUUCCUGCAAACUAACUUGUUUUAAUUUCGCGAUACAGAGACGAAGUUAGCUCGACGGCGACGAGUGAUUCGGCGGAAUUUAACUCGCCAAGAGAGGGAGAGAUUCAUGGCAAAGAGAGGGAAAAGCUCGGCCAGCUUCGGCUUUGCGUCACCUUUGACCUGCCGAGCGCGAAACGCUCAACAAGAUAUCGCAACGAUAUUUAAACGCCACGGAGGUGAAUCGCGCGGUUUUUGCGUGGCAACGAGCAGCAGCGUAACUCGAAUAAGGGCGCAGCUGGUCGGUCAGUUCUUUGACAGUCGCGAGAAACUCCAAACCCGCGCAGACGCUAAAAUGAGAUUGGAGGAAGAUCUGGUGAUCCGCAGGAGCCGACCCACGAUGAUAUCUGCCAAGUAUCGCGCCCGCGAGGAACGCCGUCGUCUGAUGAAGAUCUCCGCUGUCAAGCUGAAGAGAAUUGAGGAUCCCGAAGCGAGCCUGUGCCGAUCGGUGCUCAUAAAUAAUGCGUUGCGACGAUUGCAUCGGGAAAACCGAGAUGAUAAGACGCGCAGUUACGGCACCCUUCCGGUGAUGUCAUACAUGGACGACGUCAGCAAGGAGAACAGCGUCACUGGCAACCUCAUCGCUGACGUAACGGAUGAGGAGGCGUCCUCCAGGAAAAGAUUGGCUGACGAUUCGAGAAACGAUGGGCUUACUUCCAAGAGGCAGAGGCACGACGACCUAGAUCUGCAGGACGACGUGUUUAGCGACUUCUACAUCCUGCCGCCAACGCCGCGCUUGCUCUCGCACAUCGACGAGCUUCAACCGGAACCGGAAGUGUCGCAUCACAAUAGCCACCAUCACCUGGGUUUCCCGGAGGAUCGUCUGGGUGGCGACGGAGUAAUCGAUGUACGAUCAGGCAGCUCAAGCAACAUCUCCGCGACAACCGCCAGCAACAACACGAGUUGCCAUUCGGUGCUCUUCCCCGAAGAUCUCGAUGAUGCAAAUGCUCACCUCUCGAGAUCAUGUACCGACAUGAUGGAAGUGGCCGACGUAGUCGAUCCCGAUCGGCUUUGCGAUUUUGCCAGGUUCGCCGACUCUGCGAAGACGCUGGAGGAACGAUUGGCCGAGCUGCAAUCGUUGGAUGAGCACUUUGACCUCACCAAGUUUGAGCGCAACAACAAUCAGAGCUGCGGCCGCGCUUUUCACGAUAUACAAACCUUUCAUAGUCUAGUGCCUGGCCUGGAGACCUAGAUGGCGGCGUCGUGCCUCGAGCCACCCGCGAUGAUGUCGCAAAACGGCGAAGAUAGGACAGCGACUUUCAAGGAUGCGGACUUACUUGACGAACUCUGACAGAUAAGCUGGGAUCCACUGAUUGUCCUGUGGCUUAUCUUCGCAAGUGAAAUAUGUGAGCACGUGUCGAGAAGAGUAAUAUCGUCGAGACGCGUGAUCUCAUCAAGUUGCAUAGUACCGACAGUGGUGGUACUGCGUCCCGUGAGGAACGAAAAUCCAUAAAAAGAAUAAAGAAGAAGGAAAAGUGUCGACAGAGUGGCCACACACAAAUGUGACAUCGGAGACCAUCCGUCUAUCUUCGAUGCCGAGGACAAAACUCGCAAAAGUGCGAACUCUGUAAAAAUGCUCUGAAACAUUUUUUACCGUGGGCAGAUGGAUGAGCAAAAUUAAGCGCUAUUAACACCAGAAUCGCGAAACGGAACAAAAAUGUCUCGUAUCUAGAAAACGGUUUAAAAAAAAGUAUUCUUGUUUAAGAAAAAAAAUGUUUCAAAAUUUUUAAAAGGAUUUGAAUUUCAAAUUGAGAUGAAACUAACAUAUUCGUGAUUCUGAUAUUAAUUGAUUUAAAAAAAAUAGAUCCGCAAUCUAUGCAUAUUAAUAACUUAAAUUAUAUCAUGAAUUUAAAGAUUUGAAAAAAUUCAAAUUACAAGUUUUAUAUACGGAAGAGGAUGCCAAGUAACAUAUAAUAAACCAUCAUAAUAUAUGCACGGCAUCUCGGUCGAAUCAUCGCCUACGAUAGUCUGACUCAUGCUGGUAAUAAUCUACUUACGGCACUGACUCAAUAUUCAACGCGCGAGAUAUCUAAUAACACCGUAAACGCACACCGCUCUUUAAUCGGCCUUUUUAAGUAAUAAUAACAUUAAUACAAACCUUUUUCUUUCUUCAAACCUAAUGAAAUCAUAGAACAUUUAUUUUCAAUUCUUGAUAUUCUACCUAGCAUGUAUAAAAGCAAGACCUAAUGAAAUCAUAGAACAUUUAUUUUCAAUUUUUGAUAUUUUAUAGUAUGUAUAAAAGCGAGACCAACAAUUACAGACUUACCGAAAGACGAAAAUGCCAAUAAUUGAUACUCAAAUUAUUCCAUUAUUGAUAUGUUUGUCUAAUAUAUUAAUCCACUAAUAUGUCGAGAAUUGCAGUGCUCACUGAUGUAAUAGUUGGCUUCGCUUUUUGGAUGCCGCGUUUGAUCUUUAUUUAUACAUCAGCAAUAUCAAUCCUAUUUUAAAGAUGAUAGAUGAUAAAAUUCAACCGAUUAUCCAUAUAUGCAAUCGUUUCUUCUUUUUCCUUUCUAUAGUAAGUGCAUCCUUCUUUAUAACAAUCAUUUCUUCCUAUAGAAUUGAAUUUUUUCGUCGAUAUUUUUCUUUCAUCUUUAUAUUGUACAAAUUCUUUACAAAUUAUUUUAUAAAUUUAAUUGGAGGGGAAUAUAUAUAGAGUUGUAUAUAGUUUUUAAAUUUUCUGAAUCCGUCGACAUGCCGUGCUAAUAAUGACCCUAAUAUGCUGAUUCACGUAUACUCGCCGGCGCAGUCCUCCUGGCGCAUUGUUCGUCCAACCUUGCCCGCGGCUCGAAUCGCACCUUGCAGCGCCCAAGCGUCGUAGGAGACACGUGCCUACAUACAGUGAUCCGCUGACGCGACGUCGGCCUUUAGCACACGUCACGCGCUAUGCGCCCAUUGUUUGUACAUAUACAGAUAGAUUUUUAAGAGAGCACGUUAUUAACUAUAUAGAAUGAAUUAUGUUGCGAGAUAGCACAUCCCCGGAACUACAAACGAAUGCGCGUGGAAAACGCGGCUUUGGCGCCAGUAAAGUCUGAAAGUGUUUCAAACGUCGGGCUCUCUGAUAAAGAUUGUCUGCCGCUUCAAAUGUUGCUGAAGCGCGAAUACGUGAUAACGCGCGCUUAUCUUUAUCGCGAAGACGCGCAAAACUCUGUGCGUCUUUUCGACAUUUCGAAUUACAGAGCGUUUAAAGAGCGCUUUCCACGCAAUGAUUGUAGUCUAUUAUUAGGAGAAGCGGAGAAGAUCGCGUAAAUAUUAUAAGAUUGUAAUUUUCGCGAUGAUGCGAAGCGCGAUCUUUUCUCCGUCUCGCGUUUGAGAACAUUAUACUCUAUAGGGAAUCCUUUCCCAUUAGCCGAUAUAAAAAACUCGUUUCUUCGCAAUGCAGUUUUCUCUGUGAAAAAAUCCAAAAUUUAGUAUUUUUAUCUAUAUAUAUAUAUAUAUAUAUAUACAUAUAUAUAAAUCUCGUCGAUUCUCAGAGACGCAAGUGACUGUUUUCAGGUUUUACGGCUAAUGCGGGGUACGGUUCACUCCAGAGAAUGUUCUCCGAACGCUAUUUUGUAAGCGCGACAGAAAGACACGCUACCGCGUAACGCCACGACGAGCCUUAGCUGUUGUACAUUAUCGUACAUUUUUGUUAAUAUCAUUCUUUACGCUCGAGAGGAAUAGAAACAGCGAGCAAUAGCUGCGCUUUCUCACUGGUAAUUUCCUUCUAUGAUAUUAUCCUGUAUAUUGACGAAAACAAUGACAUGAGAAGUCACGGCAUUUGAAAUUUUGCAAUAUUUCAUUAUAAAAUCAAUGACAAAAAUUAAUCAUAGAAGGAAAUAUCCGACUUUUCAUUCAUCUUUCGCGAAUGAGAAACUUUCGUUCCUCCGAGUGUUUUAGCGAAUUAUUAAGUAAUGGGCGCGUUAUAAAUUAUUUUUCGAUCGUCGCACGAUCGGUUGUGAUCAAUCGCGAAGUUCUUUUUCCUUUCUCUGGAAUAAUAUGCGGAGAAGAGCCUUCGCGAUCAACGCAGAAAUCCGAAUCGAGAAGCACGAUUUUAUAUUAGAUGAAAAUUUCGUUUUUUAUCGCGCAAAUAUAUUUUGUUAUUUUAUUAUCUACAUUCUAAACUUGGAUUUGAAUCGUUAAUUUUACUUGACACUUAGCAUUUGAUUUUAAUCGAAAGAAAUUUUUCCGUUUUUCCUUUCUUUCUGUUUUAAUCAAAAUUAAACCUUUUCUCGCCUUUGAUUUAAUUAUAUGUUAAGGAAGUGUUAAUAUUAUUUGCAAAUAUUGCGUUUGGAGAUAGUUGAACCAUGUCGAAUAUUUUUCACGAAUUUUUUACGGAUUCUGCGUAGUGCAAUAUUUUCAUUCCUCUAAUAUUUGCUAAUGUUUUUUUUCACAAUUUUCAUAUAAUCUAGACUCUGCUGCGUUUGUUAAAUUACUUGAUUUAAAAUGCGUUUGUUAAAUUGAUUUAAAUUGCUCGUCAAACAUGAAUAAUAUUCCCUUUUUCAUAUUAUAUAUAUUUUUGCUUUUCAAUGUCACGAAAUUACAAAUGCUCAAAAUUAAUAAACGCGAUACUGUUAAAUAUAUCCCUCACAAAAUUGCAAUGAUUAUAUUAUUAUUUAAAAUUACGCACAAUGUGAAAAACGUCAUGUGUCAAUUUAUUAUAGUUAUCGGUAUGCUCGUUAUCGACAUAGCAGCCACGUUUCGUUGAUUCGUGGUCGGCAAUUACAUUCAUGCAAUCCUACUUUUUUUUUUAACUUAUUUUAUUUCUCACGAAAAGUGCUAAAAGGAAAUGGAUAAUGAUUUGUCAACCAUAUCGCAUCGACCCCAAAUACGUAUUCAACUCUCGAAGAAGCUUUUUUUGUAAACAAGCAUUUAUCGUAAAACAAAACGUAUCGAAAAAAAUUGAAUCUAAAUUUUCUUCUCGAGAGUAAAAUCUUCUAUUUUGGAGAUAUUAUAUUAUUGUAUAUUAGGUCAAUUAAGAAAAGGUUAUUUGCGAUUUAAAAGCAUAUUUUUGCGAUACUCAUCGUAAAAUGUUAUUUUCGACAAUCUAAUAUUUUUUAACAAUCCAAUAAUCCGAGAGUUGAAAACAAAAAACAUACUGUAUGGGUAAAGACAAAUUCCGUGGCAAUACGUCUGGGACGCGCGUUAAAUGCGCAGAUAGAUCCAAACUUCCUUCGGAACGCCUGGGCCAGAGAUUUCUGAGAACCGUGUGCAAUGUGCAUACGGAACUCGCAUGUGUAUCGCUCUCCCAACACCUGACGAUAAACAUCGCGUAAAACGGCUCAAUGCGUUUAUAUGUAAAUAGUCGCCUUAGCACUACUAAGAUAAUUAGCUAUGUAUAAAAUUUCAUACAUUGUUUAGGUUUUUUUUAGUACUAGUUAUAUCCGAGAUCAGUUACCAAUUAUAUGAACAAAUUGCAAAUAAACUGCAAAAACAAUAA